AUGUUCGUUCCAAGAUCCCUGAAAGUCAAGCGGAACGCUAACGAUGACAGUGGAAGUUGUGUAGCCAAGAAAGUCAAAUCCGAGGCAGAAGACCGGGGGCUGGGUGCAGGUGGGGAUGGUCUCGCCGGUGCCUCGGGUACCAAAGGGGCUGCCGCAGCGGCCCACCAGGAGGCCCAGCCGCGCCCUCUCCCCGGGCCUGCUGGGCCGGCGUCCGAAGGGACUCUGCCCGACCCCGAGCCAGGGACACAGGCUGGCGAUCUCCCCGAAGAACCGGUGAAGUCCUUCUCCAAAACCCAGCGGCAGGCCGAGCCCGGGGAGCCGGUAUGCGUGGUGUGCGGGCGGUACGGCGAGUACGUGUGCGACGAGACGGACGAAGACGUUUGCAGCCUGGAGUGCAAAGCCAAGCAUCUGCUGCAGGUGAGGGGCGUGGAAGCGGCGUCCCAGCCGAGCCGCCCCCAGAAAGCGGGCUCCGAGCCGGUGGCGCCGAGCCCUACCCCCUAUGUCUACACCGAGCACGCCUUCGUUGCGCACCUUCGGGAGGACCAGAUUGAGAACCUCAGGCGGCAGCUGGGGAUCACGGUCCGAGGCCGAGGUGUCCCCAGGCCCAUCGUUGAUUUUGAACACUGCGGCUUCCCCGAGGCCCUAAACCGCAAUCUGAAGGCCUCCGGCUACGAAGUGCCCACCCCCAUCCAGAUGCAGAUGAUUCCGGUGGGCCUUCUGGGCAGAGACGUGCUGGCCAGCGCGGACACCGGCUCUGGGAAGACAGCCGCCUUCCUGCUUCCGGUCAUCGUGCGAGCUCUGUCUCAGAGCAAAUCGCCGUCGGGGCUGGUCCUCACGCCCACACGGGAGCUGGCCAUUCAGAUCGAGCGGCAGGCCAAGGAGCUGAUGAGCGGCCUGCCCUGCCUGAGGACUGCGCUCCUGGUGGGGGGCCUGCCUGCGCCCCCCCAGCGGCACCGCCUGCGCCAGCGCAUUCAGGUUAUCAUAGCAACUCCCGGGCGACUUCUGGAUAUAAUAAAGCAGAGAUCUGUAGAACUCGGCAGUAUAAAAAUUGUAGUAGUGGAUGAAGCUGACACCAUGUUAAAGAUGGGCUUUCAGCAGCAAGUGCUUGACGUCCUGGAGCAGCUGCCUCGUGACUGUCAGACCGUGCUGGCGUCAGCCACGAUCCCGGCCAGCAUAGAGCAGCUCGCCGGCCAGCUCCUGCGCGACCCCGUGACGGUCACCGCCGGGGAGAGGAACCUGCCCUGCCCCAGCGUGCGCCAGAUCGUCCUGUGGGUGGAAGAGCCAGCCAAAAAGAAAAAACUGUUUGAAAUCUUGAACGAUAAGAAACUCUUUAAGCCUCCAGUGUUAGUUUUCGUGGACUGCAAGCUAGGAGCAGAUCUGUUGAGCGAGGCCGUUCAGAAAAUCACGGGUCUGAAAAGCACCUCCAUGCACUCGGACAAGUCACAGAUGGAAAGGAAAAACACACUGAAGGGGCUGCUCGAAGGAGACUGUGACGUGGUGGUGAGCACAGGGGUCCUGGGAAGAGGCCUGGACUUGGUCAGCGUCAAGCUGGUUGUCAAUUUCGACAUGCCCUCCAGCAUGGACGAGUACGUACAUCAGAUUGGAAGAGUGGGGCGAUUAGGUCAGCAUGGAACAGCGAUCACUUUCAUCAAUAACAACUCAAAAAGACUCUUCUGGGACAUUGCAAAACGCGUGAAACCCACAGGGUCCUUGCUCCCCCCGCAGCUGUUAAAUUCCCCUUACCUUCACGACCAGAAGAGAAAGGAGCAGCAGAAAGACAGACAGAUGCAGAACGACCUGGUUACGGGGGCCAAUCUCAUGGACAUUAUUAGAAAGCACGAUAGAAGUAAUGCUCAGAAGUGA